AUGUUCGAUAUUGAUCUGUUGCUGCGUUCUAGGCUGCAAAACCCGAAAUCACCAAUCAGUUGCCCAGUGGAUAUCCAUCUGUCUUGUAACGCCAGCCCCGGCGAAGGGUUUGGCGGGUACUCUUUGCCCAAGCAGAUUCCCAACCCCAGUCCAUGGCCAGGGUGUCUUUCACUCGCCGAAUAUGAGUUUUUUGAUACGAUCCAGCUGAUGUCCUUACCUGCCGAUGAUAUGUCAUUUCUGGAAUCAGAGGGCUGCUUCAGUCUGCCGCCGCGUCAUCUACUAGAUGAGUUCAUUCGACAGUAUUUCGCACGUGUGCACCCGCUUGUGCCGGUUAUCGACGAAGCAGACUUCUGGAGGCUUUAUCGCACCGUUGCAUCACACAAUCACACAGUGUCCCUGUUCGUGCUACAAUCUAUGCUUUUUGCAAGCAGUAUCUUCAUCUCCAGCGCGACGCUGAAGCAAUGUGGAUUCUCGAACCGGAAGGAUGCAAGGAGAAAGCUAUACAACCGGGCCAAACUGUUGUACGAGCUCGGCGCGGAACCGAACUGUCAUGCCAAAUCACAAGGAGCUGUUUUGCUCACACACUACACCUCUGCAGAUGACCCAUGCUGCGGUAGUCUAUGGGUCUCAAGAGCUAUCAAAAACGCCAUACGAAUCGAUAAUCAGCAGUGCUCAUUGCCGAUAACCAAUCUGAUCUCGAUGAAAAAACGUCUUUGGUGGUCAAUCCUUCUGCGUGAUCGAAGCCUAUGCAUUGGCCUACGCCGUCGACCCCAGGUGACUUCAGUCACCUCUCAUGGAUGGUGUGGCUGGCUAACAACGGAAGACUUUGUGGAUGAAAUGCAUCACUCUGAAGUAUAUUCAUUUGAAAACAAAGUGCAGCUAAUAGUAGCUCUGGAGCAACAAUGUGAACUGGCUGUCCUUGUCACGGAUCUGACUUCCCUUGUUUUCACACACCCACGAGCAUCCCGACAUCCCACGUCGAUGGCAGAUUUUGGAAAAAUCACAUCACAGAUCAAAUAUAUCAAAGAAUCUCUGAGAAACUGGCAGAGCCCGCCACUUGCUAUGGACACCCUGACGAGUGAAUGCCACGACGCGUUUUCAACUCUGAAUCACUUGACCCAUAUGUAUUAUCAGUAG